GUCUUCACUAAUGCCUGGACGAUGUCAGUUUCUUGUAAUUUUGGGGGGCAUCGUUUGCCAACUGAUUUGGAUAUCAGAAUAUUUCAGCCAUGAGGGGUUGGUUGAAAGACCGCAGAAAGGUGAUUUUUCAUAUCUUGUAUGAAAUUUUAGUCAUACUUCUGUAGAUACUUCAUGAAAAGCACAAAGUAGAUUUUUUAAUUUGGGACAUACAACCACGACAUGGUCUUCAUGCAUGGCUGGUCUCAAACCUUUUUUUUGAGAUUUUUUUAACGCAUUUCCAACUUAAUCGUUUCCAGUUUUUGAAUUACAACGACACUUAGAGUAACAAGUAAUAUCUUUCCUAUACAUCGCAAAAUUAUUAAACUAGAAAUACGUUAUCGCAAUUAUGCUAUACAGUGAUAGGUGAGGUCAGUGGUGAGAAUAAUGGGAAACAAGCCAAAGGGGAAAAUUUUUGAUCAAAAAACAAAAAAAAGACAAAAACAAAAACUGAACAGGAAUUUUUUCUGUGUACUGCACUAAAUGCUUACACCGAGAAAUAUGUCUGGUAAUGCAAGCUUAAUGUCUUUUCCAACCUACCCUACCCCAACUUCUAACGAAGCAACCCCUUCUGGCAAAUGUUCUCUGUAGGAGAAAUGCGGGGUCGAUGGUAGAGUAAACUUUUUUUUUUGUAUAGAUCAAGGCAAGUUAUCUGCCCUUCCAACGUAUGAUUUAGUCAUUGGAGUCUUGUCCGCAAGAGGCAAUCAUGAGCAACGCCAAGCAAUCAGGGACACAUGGCUUGGAUAUAUCAUGCAACAUCCAUCUCUACAAGAACAGUAAGAUAACCUUAAAGACUUAAUUGAUUGUCAUAUUGUCAUAUUUGGUUACACAUGUGUUGAAAUUUCAAGGCAGGGUGCUUGGCAUGGAAAGAGCAUAAACCUGCUAAAUUCUCCUUUCAUAUAGCCUUGUGUUUGCUUGGUAACCUCCAUUAAGACCCUUCAACCACAUACAAAUAUCCCAGACUGAUCUCCACACAUUGCCAUGAGGAUUUGCGUCAUGUACUGUAGUAGUUCUCCUAACCCUAAAAAGCCAAGUGUGGUCCAACUGCAAUGUUGAUCAUUUUAAUCAAAUCUCAUUACCUUUCCUAGGCCUCUUGAUGUACAGUAUUUGCAUGGUCACAGUUGUAUAAUCGAAAGUGACAAUAAUAAUGUUGCAGUCAGUAAUAAUAUUAUAACUUCACAGUUUACAUUGAACAUUAUAAUGUGUUCUCUCUAAGUACCAAAUACAUAGACCUGAAUGCAACUACAACUGGCCACUAUUUAUGGGGACACACCAAUAAUAUUGCCCAGAGGGUUUUAAGAAGAACCAGAUCUUUCUCAUAUGCCAUAAUGAAUAUGCCUGCUGCUCUCAUGAAUUUGAAAAAGUGGUUGUAACUAGAGCUGGUUCAGCGUACAAGAAUGAGCUCUCACAAAAGAAAUUUUAAUGUUUAAUGAGUGUCUUGAUAUCUGAAAUAGACAUGCGGCUAAACAAACUCAAUUUUUUAGACCAAAAUAACCCAAGAUCUUUACCAACAAACCAUUAGCUCAGUUUGUAGUUUCAUUUAAGUGUUGAUUUAUUAUGAGAAAACUCUGAGUGGUCACUUACAAGAGCUUAAAAGUAAAGGAAAAAUCCAGUUGGGCAAAUCCCAAGAGUGGUUGCAGUCACUUUCAGGAGCAGUCGGUUACGAGAGCUUUUCGUUAGAACGGUUAAGUCACAGUUCAAACAGGGUUUCACAAAUGUGGUCAUAACUAGAGCUGAUCACUUAUGGGAGUGGUCACAAGGAGGGUUUCAACCAUAUUUAUACUUAAAUUUUUUUCACCUUCAGGGUUGUCAUUAAGAGCCGUGGGCCGGGGAUUUUCCCCGGCUACUAAGAGAGUAGCCCCCGGCUACUUUUAUUGGAAAAUAGAAGAAAAAUAGAACCAAAAGAAAUCCCUAGCCAUUUGAUUCCCCGCCUACUUGUUGUAUUUACCCGGCAACUUGAAAUCUUAGUGACAACCCUGCACCUUGUAAUACUAUAAUUUAUUCCAAUUUGAUGUAACAUAGUUAUCAUUGCCUACAUUAUGUCUUGAAUAAGACAUUAUGCCCAAGUAAGCAGGGGCAGAUCCAGUAAUUUUUUUAGGAGGGGGUGCACUCAUCUCUUGCUCUACUUCAGCACCAAUAAACCACAUAGUUUUUUUUUUUUUUGGAAAAUACCAGUUGUAUUAGAAAACUGCAGGUCAUCUCAGGGGGGGGGGUGCGCACCUGCACCCUGCACCCUCCCCCUAGAUCCGCCCCUGGUAAGAACGCUAUACUUAAAGAGUGAGAUAGAUGAACCUGUAUUAUGACGACAUGAUACGUUCAUGCCACGUAGACGCCCUCACCUCCUGGUUAUUUUUAUCUCCCCUCAUGUGUGGCUGAUGUCCAGCUUUUUUCAUAAUUAAUCUGUCAAAGCCUGUCACUUUUAACCUUGAUUAGAUUGUUGCAUUCUUCAGCGAACUAAUGGGAAGUUCAAAAAUCAAUUACCCACAGGCAGGCUCAUUAUUCCUGGAGUGCCAGUGGCUUUGGCCCGAAAAUUUUUCCUGAAUUCACACAAUGAGCCUGCUCAAAGGCUGAGAGGCUAACCUCUACUUUACGUGAACAUCUCUAGCUCACAUCUAAGUCUCUACCUUGUCGCUCCUUCCUAAGCUAGUCACUGAUAUAAAGUGUUCUUAAAAUGUUUGUUUGAUCAUUAAAUUUGUGCAGGUAUGGAUUAAAUCCAUCAUCAAGUUUAUUGUUAUCCACUCUCUGUAUUUUGUUAUUUUGAAAUUUACAUAGGGUGGUAGUCAAGUUCAUCAUUGGUAGUGCACCAUGCCUAAUCCCACCCUUAGAUAGAUAUGACCAGUAUUCUUGUGUGCCAGAUCCUGUUACUGAUCCAGGUAUUUUCAUGCAUGAAAAUAAAAUUUAUUUGUAAUUCAAAGUUACGUAGUAUCCUGUGCUCUAAAGUCAAAAGAUACCCUGAGGAAUUGAAUAAGCCCCAGGUUCCAUUAGCCUCUGAAGUCAAUAUAGCAUUUUGACCUCUUUCCCACAACCUGGAUGAUUCAGGAUGAUUUGGAUUCACUUCCUACUACAUCUUUGAAUUAUACCACGGGAAUAACUGCCAACCAGACAAGUUUAGUUUUAAAAGGACAGGGAAAAGGCAAUUAAUGAUGACUGAAGAAAGUCCACAUGGGCAGAAAUAAAGAAAGUAAAACAGCAGUUCAUUUGCCAAAAAAUACAACUUUGAUGAAGGUCUCUGAUUCUAAAGCUGAAGUCAAAGUGAGUCCUUGUAGGAACACUUUAGCCUAGGUAUUACGGUUGUACAGUUUCCCUGCCAACAUAGUCGCUUUGAUCUUAAAUCCUGUUGAUGUGGAAAAGAUCGAAGUGACUCUCCUGGCGGGGUGUACAGUAUUACUGGUGAAAAAUACAUGUAAACAAAGUAACCCAAUUUGGUGUGUACCAUCCACGUAUUUUGUAAACUGUGGUGUUCUUUAACAAAUUGCUGUCUUGCCUGUCUGAAGGUGAGCAAAAAGCCCGGGGGAGGUACUGCCAUAUAUGGGCUAUAUAGGUAUGUGCCGCUGUGAAGGGUAUGGUUUUCAAGCAGUUUACUCUAGGAUAGGGUAUAUAAAUCAGAGCGUUUGGGUCUAGAAUAGGGUAUCAUUUUUCACGAAACUGAUCAGUUGGUUGAAGAUUUUAUCUAGACUAGGGAUUGUGGUGUAAGGUUUUGUUUUGGCUAGACUGUGCUAGUGACCUCAGUAGUUUGUGGAAAACAGCUACUCUAGGAUAGGGGGGAUUUGGGGAGUUUACUCUAGUAUAGGGUAGCAAAAUUCAGCUGAACUAGCUCUGGUAUAGGUUAGGGGUUCCAGGGUCCCAGCGGCACAUCCCCACCCAGAAAUUCCUGAAGUGCGCCCCCCCGGGGCAAAAAGACACUCACAUUUCCUAGAUCAGGGUAAGGCAUAUAUUAAUUGAAGACAUGGGAAAGCUCUAGAGUGAGCUUGUGAUUUUACAAAUUGGUCUGUAAUUCCUUGAAUGGGGUGUCUUAUUCACUGGCACAUUGUCAGUUAUAGGUCAUCACCAUACAAGAUGUUUUUGGCAAAGUCUUGAGGAUUGUACAGUUGGUUUUAAAGGAUAUAUUUCCCCAGCUUUUUCCUUGAGCAGAUAAUCAUUUCAAACUUGACACUAAUGAAAAGCACUUUUCUGUUCAGUACUAGGCAAAGACAUCAUAGCACACAGGGUACCCAAGGGAGCUUUUGGACAGUAUCCUCACCAAGGACCUGUGGGAUGGGACUUUAGGGUAAGUCACAGAAACCAAAAGUGGCCUGUUGAGGGGCAUAGUGCUAGUUGGGUGAGCAUCAUGAUGGCUAGAUGAGUGGCAAGGAAGCCCAUGAACAGAGUGAACUUGACAAUAGUCAUUAUAGAAAAGUAAUAAAUUUUGUAAUGAUGAUGGUGAUGGUGAUGAUGAUGAUGAUGAUGAUGAUGAUGAUCAUUAUUAAUUUUAUUAUUAUUAGUAAUGGUAGCAGGACUGAGUGGAGUACAAUUCGGUCUGUAAUCAUAUGAGUGAUUAUCAAAAUCGGACGACCGCGAAGCGGGAGUCCGAUUUGUUUAAUCACGAGUGUGAUUACAGACCGAAUUGGACGACAUGAAGUUCUGUUACCAAUUAAUCAUAACUUUAACAAAAUUUGUGAUAUAAUAGGCUAUUUUUUAAAUCAAAACACAAGAAAUUCAAAAUUUUGUUUUACUAGCAGUGAAACAAAAGCCAUUUAACGCGUGAUGGCGCGUACUGUCCAAUUACUUGGGCAUGACAUGCACUGUCCUAUUAAACUGCCCAAUUAAGGCUGAAAUCAGGGCAGUUGAUAGCCAAUCAGAUUUGACAAUUUUGUUAUAGUUAUGAUGAUGAUGAUGAUGAUGAUUAUUAUUAUUAUUAUCAUUAUUAUCUUGCCAUCAUCAAUAUUAACUUCUCUCUAGGUGAACUUCCCAAUUGUCAUUACUCAACUUGGAGUGUUUGAUAGUGAUUCGGAUGGACUUGAAAAUGGCUUAACAAUUCGCCUUUAUGACAGGAUCUCACAGGUGAGCAUUCUCAUCAGAUAGUACACAGUUCAGCAAGUUUGGACUUGUGGACCCAUUCCAGUUAAAAAAAUGGAAGAAAAAAAAUUCAAAUUGUUUCAAAUUUGACUGGCUUGCCUUAAAACUGGCCAGUUUUAAUAGAUCAACUUAACCACCUGCGACACUACAGCCAGGAACAACAAAUCAGUGAUUUUGUUCUGCAAAUUUCACUCACUGCAGUUCAGUGUUCAAAGCUCCCACCAUUUGUAACAACACGGGAUCUAAUAAAACCUUUAAAAGGAAACUUUGUGUAUCUUUUUUAUUUUUGUUUUUAUUUUUAGUUAUAUUUACAUUUUAUUUUUCAAUAACAAUUUUUUAAAGGUGGAAGUGUUAAGUGUGAACUUUACUCCAGAGGACCCUGGAGAAUUGAUUGGAGGCAACAGAUUCAAAUCAGUUGAUCAGUAUUUACUACCCAAGGUAUGAUCCAGUUGAAGGUCAUAAAAGGUUUACUGUAGUGAUCAUAUUAUACAGUUCAUAAAUAUGCCCUUUCUGAAUGAGGAUGAAUGCAGCAAAAGAUAAUAACCAAAGAAUUAACCGUGUGCAAGAAUGAUGAUUUUGUUACAUUAAUUCUUGUACUCUCCGUUUGCAAUGAUGUCAUUGCAUACCUCGCUUUGAAGCAGAGGCUUGGGGUGACUUGGAAAUGAUCUAUUUGAUUAUGAGGUGGAGGAAGUUAUAUGUGUACAAGAAGAGAGUCAGUUUUAUGUUUCACCUGUUAAAAUUAAUAUGGUAGGGUUUCUCCCAUGACUGAUGAGAUAUACAUACCGGUAGAUUCUUUAAGUUUGGCUUCAUACUUUAGAAUUAGUAGAUGGAUAGUCUAGGCCUUGGUUGCUCAAAAGUUGGAAACCACUAUCCACCGAAUAAAUUGGAUCCAGUGGAUAACUCCAGUUAAUAUAAUCCCAUUGCACUAUCCACUGGAUGGUAAUUUAUUUGGUGGAUAGCACUAUCCACCUUUUUAACAACCGGAGCCUGAUGAACCAAAUUUUGACAGGACCAUAAACGCUGACUAUGCCUAAACAUGUGAGAAGGUCUGUUCAAAAAUAAAUGCUUGCAAAAAAUGCUGCCAAGUAAUGUGAAACAGGUCUUGUUAUCACAGGCUGAAUUAAACUAAUAAUUGUUAUUUUAGCUGUUUCAUAUGGUUUUGAAGUGUUGUUUGCAUGUUUUUUAGGGUUUUGAAGGCUCCAUUGUGGCAGAAAAUUUCAGUUCAUCUGACCCUGGCAUUAACGUACCCCACAUGCAUGGCAGUGUAGACAGUGGCGGAGGCUUGGUGUCAUUUCUGAACGUUAGUGAGAACUUAGUUUAAAAAAAAAAAACAUUUUGUUUCUUCUUUCCUCUUACUUUUUAUCUUUCUCUCUCUCUCUUUUUAUUAUUAUUAUUUUUUUAUUGGUGUUUUAUUUAUAAUUAUUAAUGUGAUUUGUAGUAUAUAUUUUUUUUCUUGGUGUUUUAUUCAUAAUUGUUAACUUGAUUUAUGGUAAUCGGUGGGAAGGUACAAAAGCACUGGACUGAUCUUUCCUUAUGUGGUAAAGGAUCUCAGGUUAGGGCCUGUAGUUCCACUCCCACUUUAAGGGCACCUCACUAUUAUGGACACUUUGCUUUGUCCCUGGGGGAAGAAAGCCCUUACAUUUUCUCUGAACUCAACCCGUUUAAUACGGGUACCCCAUUAAUAGGGACAUUUUCUAUGCACCCCUCAUUGUCCUUAUGAAUGGGGUUUGACUGUAUAUUUAUUUUGAUGGUCUCAAGUUGGACCUACAGUACCAAUCACUAAUUAAAGAUCCGGGACUUGGCAAUCUCGCCCAAUUUCUCAAUGUAGGUUCCCUGUACCGUUCUGUUGGAACGCUUACCGGUCAUUUCGCCCUGGUUACUUAGCCCCCUUUUCUAGAACGAAUAAUAUUAUAUUUGAAGCGUGCUUGUUUUGGUUUAUGGCUUGCUCCACUGCGGGACCACAGGAGCAGCAUAUUCAACUUGUUUAUUUGUUUAUUUGUUUAUUGUUUUGUUUGCCAAAAAUUAUACAAAUCAAAUAAAAUCUAAUUACCUUAACUCUCAUGGCGAGGAAGCCCAAGAGAAGCCACCGGGCUUAUAAGGAAUGGGCUCCCUCAGUUAGAUAAUUAGAACAAAAUAUUAUCAUAAUUACACACGGGAAAAUCAAUGGCAGAGCUACAGUAAAUCUUAAAAUAAGUAUAUUAGGCUCUGACAGGUUCUGUUUAACAGCUAAAAAUCAGACGAUCGGUGAUGAUACAAACUGGCAAAAAACGGUUACCAUGUCCCUAGUUCCCAGUGCUCUUCGGUUCGCUUCACAGAGUAAUCGCGCCUCGCACUGCCACAUGUUCCCCCAUCGCAUGAUAACAGUAAUUAAUGAUGUCAUUGCUUAAAAAGAAAGCCAUUGGGCUCACCUGCUAAAUUAACACACGACUGAUAUUCGACCGAUAGUUGACCGAUAUACCACCGACAGUUGACCUAUAUGUCAGCGACAUAUAACCGAUAGUCGGUCGAGGUGCGUCAUCGAAAUAUCGACCGAUACUCGGCCGAUAGUCUAUCCCACGUUCAACUGACUAUCGACCGACUGUCGACUGACUAUCGACCGACUAUCGACCGACUAUGGACCGACUAUCGACCGACUGUCGACCGACUAUCGACCGCUAUAUCGACCGAUAGAUCGGUCGACACUACCUACAGUAAACAAGAUCCAAAAAAUGUACAAACAGCGUGAAGCACGAACAAAGUUGUUGUUUUGCUAAUCUAAACCUGUUGCUGUUUUUUUAUUUUUAUUUUGCCAUUCUCGUAGCCGUCACAGUCGUCGUUGUUUAAGCUCCCCAAUGUUCGAUCGACGGUUGCCUCUUGACUUGUACCUCACCGCACUGCUGAAAAUUCUAAAAAAAAUAAUGUCGUUCUCAUAGUCGUCCUCAUCUUAGAAUCUAAAGGUCUCCGCCAAUUAUCUACCUCCUAAACGUCUUGCCAGUUUUCAAUCGCCAGUUAAUUGAAACGUCAGACUAUGUCGUACAAAAUAGUUUAAGUUAAAACAAAACAUUCUCUUUCUGUUAAAUACGCUUGUUAACGUACGGUUUUGUCAUGUUUCUAGGUGAGUAGAUUUGGUUUUGAACAAAGCGUCUUCCCAGAAAAUGAAGAGAGAUUUUAUGAAGAUACAAACCAGUACGUAGCUGGAACAUUUAUGUAUCGGGCUUACGGUAAGAUAGUGAUCUAUGAUAUAUGGCUGUUGUCUCUGCGAGCUAAGAAGUAUAAGUAGGUUCUGUGUUCUGAUUGGUUACCAGAGUGCCACGUGACCUUACGCUUGGAAAGCAAGGCAUACAACUGUAGUUAACAGGCCUGAGCCAGACUAAAAAUAAGGAACCCUUGUUGAUAAAAUUUGGCUUUUAUUGAAAUAUUUAUUAUAUUCUUGACAAUCAAAACAACCGUUAAAAUACCCGUGUAAAUUGGUAUAAAUUUUGUUUCGAAUAUCGUUAUGCAUUAUCAAAACUGUACCGUUUAUGCUCUUCACAAAGGUUGACCUUCGUUAGGCCGAAAGUCUCUCCACUUUUUUAAAAAAUCUUUGCAAAUUGAGACAGAGUGCUUCAAAACUCAUUACAAUUUAACCCGCGAUUUUCUGCAUUUAAGCUGCAGAAGACGAGUUUUCUAACGUGAAGUUAGAGGAAAGAAGAAAGCAAAGACAAGUCAGGAAGGAGAUGUGGCAGGCAGUGUUGCAACGGGAACAAAAUGAACUCCAGCGUGAAAUGUCACAGUUUGAUGAUAUUCUUUUGGUUGAUGUUGUAGAUGUCUAUCGCAGUCUCCCACGGAAACUUCUCGAGUUUUAUUCUUGGUACGAGCCGAGGUUUGCCGUCGCUUAGAUAUAAUAGCUUCUUUAUCGAAAAAUGUCCUCUUAGGCCCCAUGUACCUGGUUAGUGAUUUUGAAGUAACCUAGCCGGCUUAGGUGAUUUUUCCCUUCUCCAUUUUUAUAUUAGGACUGUGAGAAGCAUGUUGUUUAAUUUUACUCUAAAAACAGACGACGACUGCUUUGUGAAUGUAGAUGAAAUCUUAAAGGUGAGUUUCACUGCCAUUUUGUUUUGUUUGUUUGUUUGUUUUGGAGGGGACAGGUUCCCAAGUCAAUUUUUCCCCGACCAGUAGGCGUGGUUGCUUAGACAACUGGAACAGCAGGGGUAUGAAAAUAGUAGGUGACGGCAAUGUGGAACCUGUUACGGCCUCGUUGCCAGGGCCUUUCGCGCGAAAAUUCCGAGCGGCGUUUCUGAGAAGAAAGACCUGGGAACGAGGUUGGAGCUUAGUAAUUUCUUUAGAAAUAUGAAACAGUUCCUAUUUGUGAUUAAAGGUGCUUCAAGAACAACUGCCGUGUUUUCUCUUGACUGAGACACUGAUGACUCCAAUAGUGGAGAUUCUAAGGCUGUGGGCUCCCUUUGUUUUCUUAGAGGUUGUCAAUCAAACUCAGAAAAGUACAAACGUAGGGUAAACUCUGCUAUUUUUAAAAUGGAAAAUUUGUCUUUGGUAAAUAUUUUCUGAAUAAGAGUAGAUAGAAUAAACAGUUUUGAAUAGACGAUCAAGUAAUUACGCGACGCUAGGAACAGUGUAUUUCCACCUCCAUUUUGUCAUUUUGUUUUUUUUUAUCCAACAAUCUCACUCUAAACUGAGCAUGCAAUGCGCACUUCAGUAAUCACACCCGUUCUUUCCUGUAUGCUACUUCAUAUGUAGAAAUUUCAAGGUUGCUACAUUCCCGAUUUUUUUGUUUUUAUGCCUUAAUUGCAUUGACAAAACGCACUUUAAUUAUGUGGUAGGAUCUCUUUACGGUUUCAGAGCUUCUGUUACCCUUCUGUUAGUUAACAGGAUAGUGGAUUAUUAUGUACACCGAUGGAGGUGUCGAUGUGAUGCGAAAACUAACUUUUUAAUUUCAUUACUCCUAGGCACUAGACAAAAGAAAACUUCGAGGGAAAGGACGUAUUUGGUGGAGCAGGUAAAAUUUCCUAAAGAAACCUCAGGCAAAACUUAGUAAGUGUAUAUGAUUUUGUUGUACUGUUCAUGCCGUCAGGUUUCGCAGCAACUGGGCAGUGGAGCGCUUGGGAAAAUGGCGGGAAAUGGACUACACUGCUCCUGUAUAUCCAUCAUUUGCUUGUGGUGCGGGAAACAUACUCUCCGCUGACCUUGUGGAAUGGCUGGCAUUGAAUAAGGAUCAUCUUAAGAUGUACCAGGUACGCAAACUCUUAAUCUUUACCCGAUCACAGAAGGUCAUACAUUUUCUUGUCUGUAAUACCUACGGUGGAAUGUUCCUUUGUGAUCACUUAUCCAGUCUGGGUCCACGAGACUGUGGAGUCCUUUGCUUUGCUAACAUUCUGUAGUGGUGAUUUUCAAAGCGCAGAUACGUUUGCGAGAUUGAGUGCCUGCGACAUGCACAAAUUUUAAAUAGUUAAGUUGCCCUAUCAGGAGGCGUAAAGGGUAUCAGUUUUCUCAGUAACUCUCUUGUGACUGUCUUAGUAACAAGUACUUGGCCUUGUAGGGUGAAGAUGUAUCGAUGGGAAUCUGGCUUUCAGCGUUAGGACCAAACAUUGUCAAUGUAAGUUUGUAGUGCAGCAGUCUCUUUGAUCCACCUUAAUUUGGGAGAUAUGCUUAUCCGAUUAGAAAAGGCUAUUGUUUGAUUCAUUUAUACAUCCUUAAUUCCCCCCCCUCCCCCCCUUCCCUCCCUUCCCCUCUUUUCCUCGCUCCAUCCAUCUGUCCAUCCAUUCACUCAUUUUUUCAUUCGUCGACUCAUCAUUUUUUUUAGGAUUACCGUUGGUCAUGUGGGCGCGAUUUGGUGGCUCCUAGGAGGCCGUUUUAUAUUCAGUGACUGGGUCAACUGUUGACGUGGGGUUUUCUUGGUAACCCUUUCACACAGUUUGCUAUAAUCAACGUCGUAGUAAAACCAUUGAUGUAUUUAAUGUCAACGUUGUCGUUGGCAAAUUGUGUGUGACACAGGUGUCUUCACUUCCCCAGAAAACGAUCCCGAGGAGCUUAGAGAGAUGUGGUCAGAUCUACAGCUUUGUGGGGAUCCUUGUGGCUGCUCGGAAUAACAUACGAUGCUCAACAGGAUUCCUAUGACCUCUCUCCGUGCAGGAUCGUUAAAUGACAUUAAAGAAUCGUAUUCAGUAGCUCUUCCUGUCAUUGCUAAGCGCGACAAGUUGUACUGUCUGCUACCCUGACAGCAAGUCAAUCUUGAUGCUGGCAGCUAUUGUAAACGUCUGUGUCCUCACCUGUGGCGUUUACAGCAAACAACAAAGUCGUCCAUAGGAAUGGAAUGGCCUCGAUCCACAGUAUUUUGGGAGAGAAGGGAGAAUUGCUACAGAAAAGGCGGACGUUGCGCUCCUUGUGUAAAAAGCCCAAGGACAAUUUGGAACAAGUUACGUAUGAAAAGUUUCGGUUUAGCUUUCUUCGACGAUGACUUUUGAACUUCCUUAUGCUGUUGUAGACCUUGAUUUAAAAAUCUGAAAGAAGUCCCGAAAGGUUGCGCUCUCCUCUCUGCAUUUUUGAGAACUUGUUGCUCAACAGCUACAUUAAGUUAGAGACAUUAUCUGCAUGAAUGCUUUUUUUAACAUCGAGAAACAACUAACCUGUGCUUCCGAGUUCGUUCCUCACCAAAUGAAACGCGAUAAAUUAUCCGUAAAAAUUGGAACGUUUUUCCUGGCUUUUCUUUGCCGUUGGCAACUGGUUGCAAUAAGAGAACUUGACCCCACCCUCUUAAAAUGCCCUAAAAAAAGGAUUCAUACCACCGAUGCAUUCACUGAAAACGCCCCCUGAUCACUACCUGCCGGGCGACGACCGGUGAAUUCUUUGUUGA